AUGUUUGUUGCUAUGAUUAUAUUUAAUAAUUUAACUUUGAAAUAUUUAACUGUAUCAUUCUAUAGGGUUUUUACAUAUCUUAUGCGUGGACAAAAAACAUCGUUUAAAGCUUUAGCAUGUUGUGGACUUAUUAUUGCAGGAUCCUUUCUUGGUAUUGAUCAAGAAAAUGCACUUGGUACUUUGUCAAUGUUUGGUACAUUUUGUGGUGUAGCAUCAAGUAUAUUUGUUGCUUUAACUGCUAUUUAUACAUCUCGAUGUUUACCAUGUGUUGAUAAUAAUGUUUGA